UAUAGGUCACAGACCUGGCUCCGAUCUGGCAUUACUGUGGCGGUGGCGUAGACUGGCACCGGCAGGUCUGACUCAUCCCCUAGCCUGGGAACUUCCAUAUGCCACAGGUGUAACCCUAAAAAAAGAAAGAAGAUUCCCAUCUUUACUAGAGUUCAGUGUCUGUUUUUAAGUGGCAUCAUAACAUCUACAGAAACCCAAGCUUCCAUUUAAAUUUCGGUGUUUCUCUUUUUAUAGGCUGAGCACUACUCAUCUAUGUAGUAAACUGCAAUUAUGUAGGCACUUGGUCUAUAAGACAUGAAGGAAGGAAAAGCAUUGCUGUGAAGCUAAGGCAGUGGUGUCUGGGGCCAGCCCCAGCCAGUUGCAACCCCAAGAGUUAAUUCCCGCUCCGCCAGAUUUGCAGGUGAACACCUAGAUGGCCAGAUACCAAGAACCACGCAGAGAAAGCUGAUUAGUUGCAAAGACUUACUUAAAAAGUUGCCCUUGGGAAGGGAACGUCAUCCUACAUAGCAACAAGAACCUCAGUCCCAGGCAUAUUAGCACAGGCUUACAUGGCAGCUGAGGGUCACUGUGACUGAGCUAUGAAUGGUCAGACUGGCUCAACUGUUGGGGUAACAGCCAGGCUGAAACCUCUGCCCUGCAGGCAGAGCUCAUUCCCGUGUUGCCAGGUAACAUGGUGGCACUGCCUGGCAGAGGUCUUUGAAGGAUGUGGAAGAUGUUAAAUAAUAUUCACGUAAGACGAAGGACAGGACGCACUUUCCUUCUUUUGGGUUUUUGGUUCGCUGUAUCCUUACGCAGUGUUUGUGGCUGGAUUUGUUUGCCCUCGUACGUCUUCUUCUCCUGCAAAUACCUCGUCCACCCAACCGGCUGCUGUCUAACAUUUACAGUUGUGGUCCUGGCCAAUAGAACAGCAGAAACCUUCAAGAAAGAUUUUAACAUUGGAAAGGAAGAGAAAUAGCUAUCACUUUUUCAAACAGUACAGCAAUUUACUGAGAAAAACUAUGAAAAUCAACUGAGAUAUAGAAUAAAAUAGUUGAGGCAAGGUGGUUGGAUACAAAAUCAGCAUACAAAAAUAAAUCAAUAAAUGGCUUUUCUAUAAGGCAGCAAAGAACAAUCAGAAGCGGUAAUAGACAUAGGUGCGGACCCGCGUGUCCUUGGACCUAGAAAGCGGGACAUCUGGCCUGCGAGUGGCCACUUGUCUGUUGAGCUCGGCAAAAGAACGAUUUUAAAAUGGGUGACCUUGAGAAGGGCAAGAAGGUCUUUGUUCAGAAGGGUGCCCAGUGCCACUCUGUAGAAAAGGGAGGCAAGCACAAGAUGGGGCCAAACCUCCAUGGUCUGUUUGGGCGGAAGACAGGUCAGGCUCCUGGAUUCACUUACACAGAUGCCAACAAGCACAGAGGCAUCCCCUGGGGAGAGGAGACACUGCUGGAACACUUGGAGAAUCCCAAGAAGUACAUCCCUGGAACGAAAAUGGUCUUCACUGGCAUUAAGACGGAGGGAGAAAGGGACGUCUUGGUAGCUUGUCUCAAAAAAGCUACUCAUGAGUAAAAGUUGGCCACCGCCCUGUUCAUUACAAGACCGACAUGUGUCAUGACUUUUAUGUGUGUACCAUAUUUAAACUGAUCUCAUACACUGGACGUCAGAAUUCGGAAUGUUUCUGUUGGAUGGUCCUGAUUUAAAUACAGUUGGUUGGUGGCUAAA